AUGUCGUCUCCACCAUACCCUGAUGUUUUUAUUGAAUCAUCUGUUAGCUUGUCAUGUGAUGAUAAGUUAGCGCUGUUGUCAGAGCAAUGGGAUGCCCAGGAAUACAAGUUUCCAACUAGGUUCAAUGGUGGGAAACUACGGAAGGCACAGGCGGGCUGGUUCACCACGCACAAGUGGCUAAAAUACUCAGUCUCUGCUGAUGGGGUUUACUGUGCACCAUGUUUUUUGUUUGGCGAGCAAGACCCAAGAUGCAAAGCCCUGUCGAAAGUUCCAGUUUCAGAUUGGAGCAACAUCAAGAAGAUAAUUGAAAAACACGAAAAUUCUGUGUAUCACGCACAUCAGGAAAUUGGAGCCGACAAUUUCCUAGCUGUAAUGAGAGGGGAGAAAAAAGAUAUCGAGUGUUCCAUUGCCACUCAAUACAACGUUCUUGUUGAAAAAAAUCGCCUCAUCCUUACCGCGAUUGUUGACACUAUAGUGUUUUGUGGUAGACAGAACAUUGCUUUACGAGGGCAUGAAGAUGAUAUGGGAAAUUUCAAGGCUUUAUUGAAAUUUCAGGCUAAACACAACAAUGUGUUGAAUACGCAUCUGCAAGAAGGAGACCCCCGCACAAUGUACACAUCCCCUAACAUACAGAAUGAACUUAUUGGAAUCAUCGGACAUAUGAUAUCAAGCCAAAUAGUAAACCGUUGUAACUCAGCUGGCGUUUUCGGAUUUAUUGCUGACGAAGCAACGGAUGCUGCUACAAUGGAGCAGAUGGCCCUCUGUGUCCGCUACGUACACGAGGACGAAGUUCGCGAGGACUUCAUUGGAUUUGCAGAGUGUGCUAGCACGAAGGGGGAGGCUUUGGCGGAAGCAUUCCUCCAGAAUCUUCAGGAGCUAGGAGUUGAUCUCGACAAGAUGCGCGGACAAGGAUACGAUGGAGCCAGUAAUAUGUCUGGUAUAUACAGAGGGGUGCAGGCACGUAUCAGAGCACAGUACCCUGAAGCUAUCUAUACCCAUUGUAAGGCCCACUGUCUGAACCUGGCCAUUAUACACGCAUGCAAGAUCGGGUACAUCCGCAAUAUGAUGGAUAUCGUGCAAACAGUGGCCUUUGCAUUUAAUUACUCUGCAAAACGCCUCCUUACCUUCAAAGAGACGUUGGAAGCUGACGACGUGAGCCGUGCCAAUAUGGAGGAGAGAAAGCGUCUCCAGUCUCUCUGUGAAACGAGAUGGGCAGCACGUGCGGACGCCCUUCACACAUUUCUAUGUGCCUACAGAACAGUUGUGACGUCACUUGAGCAGCUUGCUGACGACGGAGACACAAAGGCAUCAGGGCAUAAAACAUCAGUCUUGCAGUUCAGCUUUAUUGUGUCGUUGGUAGCAGCCGAACACGUCCUAUCGGCUCUUGUUUCCUUGUCGACCGCACUGCAGAGCAAAACCUGUGACCUGUUCAAAGCUGCAAACGAUACUAAGAUUGUGAUAAGGCUGCUACAGAAUGACAGAGCUUGUGAGGACGUUUGGGACACCUUGUAUGACAAGGCUGUGAUGAUUGCCGCUGACGUUGGUGUUGAGCCGUCCAUGGCCAGGAAUGUUGGGCGCCAGCAAAACCGCGCCAAUGCUCCAGCGCAGACGAUAUCUGCAUUUUGGAAGGUCAACAUGUACUUACCGUUCUUAGACCACAUGCUCACAGAGCUUAACGACAGACUGAUGCAGGCCAAUGAUAGAUUCAAGGUCCAAUGGCUGAUACCAUCCCAGGUGAAAGUGCAAAGAACAAAUCUACCUGUCGAAAACUGCAGAGAACUAUUCAGAGGGGUACAAGCUAAUUUAGACGUCGACGAGGCGACGUGUUUGAGGGAAUGUGCAAGAUGGCGAACUUGGUGGACAGACCCUACACUUGCAGACGGCCGUCCGAUGGCCACUGAGGACCUUUCAGCUAGUCUCCGUCUGGCUCGGAAAGAAUCAUUUCCAAACAUCAGAACGUGCAUGAUGCUUCUUACUGUUAUGCCAGUGUCUACGGCGACUGCAGAGAGGUCAUUCUCUACCAUGCGUCGGGUGAAAACAUAUCUGAGGAGCACCAUGGGAACUGAGAGACUGAGUGGUCUCGGGUUAAUGAACAUUUAUCAGGAGCAAGAAAUCAAUGCAGACAAAGUAGUUGACAUCUUUGCAAAUAGAAAAAGUCGCAGGCUUGCAUUUGUUUUCAAAGUCUAG